AUGAUAUGUGACCCCGUUGAUGCUGCCAACGUUUUUACAGUGGGUGACGAUAUGGGAUGGACGACUGGAUUUGAUUACCAGGCGUGGGCAGAAGACAAACAAUUCCAUGUUAAAGACGUUCUCGUGUUCAACUACCCACAGGGUUUUCACAACGUGUUAGUGGUAAAUGGCUCGUCAUUCACAAACUGUGUUAAAGAAUCAGCCUUUGGUACCUCUGGUACGUUUGAGAGCGGCCAAGACAAUCUAGAAAUACAGAUCAAAAGCGGGAAUAUAUUCGUCAUCUCUGGUGUGGGACAGGAUUGUGAAAAUGGUAUGAAGCUCAAAAUGACAGUGACUGCUUCACCUGCACCUGCACGAGCAUCAUCACUUUCGAUUGGAGAUUCAGAAGAAAAUUCACCUACUCCUGCUCCAUCUUCUGGCUAUCGCUCAAAGCCUUGGUAG